AUGUCGUCCGUGAUGCGGUUCCAGGUUUGCAGUAAUCCAGAGGAACAAAAGUGUGAGUGUGGUGAGGUAAUCCCUUGCCAUGCUGAUACUUCUGUUCGUCUGGGUUACUGUUUAGACCAUAUUAACAACAAACAUCCCUUUUUUCAGAUCUCGAUCGACGACGUGGACAUCUCCGGUGCCGCCGGCUCUGUUUCUGGAUCCGUCCAGAGACAUCCGGAAUACAUACAGGUGAGACAGGUGAGUGAGAGAUAUGCUUCCGAGCUAAAAUUAGCUCAGAAGCAGAUCUCUGGUCUUCGUGUAGAGGCUGAUCGAGUUCCCAUGCUGACUGCUCAGCUUGUCCAAGCUAAGCAAAAGGCGGCGGAACUCGAGAAGCUGCUCUCCGAUGCUAAUUCCGCGCUGGCUAAGGUGCAGGAAGAGAAACAGGCGCUUCAGGAUAGUUACGACGAACUCGAGUUCGAUCGUCCUUAUCCUGCUGCACCUGUUCCUCUUCUUCCACUGGCUCCAGUAAAGGAAGAGGUUGAGGAGGGUAUGGAUGUAGAUGUGUUUGUCAAGGAGGAAGAGGAUUAA